GUUUCAGAAGUUCUUAUUAGCGUUCCUGUAACAACUAUCCAUAAGUUUGCACGAAAGUCAUGGAGGUACAUGGACGCGUAUAAUAAAGGAUUAGAGGGUAGGACCGCUGAGUGGACUGUUAAUAAAUAUAAAUCCCAUCAUCGCUUACCCGAAAAUAUUGAAAGAAUAAUGAAUUAG